GAAAAGUGAAAAGGAAGACGACCCUAACAAGAACAAUCAUCAAUCGAUUAUUGGAAAAUGGAGGAUUGAUUGAUUGAUUGAUUGAUUGAUUGAUUGAUUGAUUGAUUGAUUGAUUGAAAAUCAACUGACUAUAUCAAGAAUUUCUCACGAAUCAGAAUGGUUUCUUCAAGUUAUUGAUUCGUUGCAUCAAAGAAGAAGGCUAUUUAUCUGAACGGAUGCAAAAGGAGAAGCAAAAUGGCGCGCUGUGCCGUCGACGGUGGCUGCCCCAGCGAUUACAUCGCAAUUGCUUUUGCUGCACUUUGUAUGACUUUGCUGAUCUUUCGGUCAAUAUUACCAUAUGUGAUUUACAAGCUUCCUCUUCCCAAAGGCAGCCGCUUUUGGAUUCCAGUAAUUCAAGUUUUUGCUAGCCUCAAUCUUCUGCUUUCAAUUGUGAUAUCUGUUAGUUUUCUUAAAUUCAAGAGGCAGCGGUGGAGGUCUUGCUAUAUUUGGGCAGUGUGGGUUGAAGGUCCCCUUGGAUUUGGUUUGCUGCUGAGCAGUCGGAUAACACAAACCUUCCAACUAUAUUACAUUUUUGUAAGGCGGCGUCUACCACCCAUCAAAACAUACAUCUUCCUUCCACUAAUUCUAGUGCCGUGGAUUUCUGGGGCUACAUUUAUCAGUGUCAAGAAGCCUCUAAAUUAUAGGUGCCACAUGGGGCCUCAGUGGACUAUUCCAAUCAUGUCUCUUCAUAUCCUAUAUGUUGGUACUUUGAUUGUACUUACAUGGGCUGUUCGUCAUAUAGAGUUCAGAUUCGAUGAGCUUAGAGAUCUGUGGAAGGGAAUAAUAGUCUCCGCAUCUUCAAUUGGACUUUGGGUUUCUGCCUAUAUCACUAAUGAAAUCCAUGAGGAGAUCUUAGGACUCCAGGUUGCCUCUAGAUUUCUGCUAUUAGUCACGGCAAGUAUUCUUGUGCUGACCUUCUUCUCUAUCUCAAGCUCACAACCACUGCUUUCUCAAAUCAGUUUGAGAAAAAGGGAAGCACUUGAAUAUGACUCAAUGGGUCAUGCUCUGGGCAUACCAGACAGUGGAUUGUUACUACGAACGGAACCAGAAACAGCCAUAGAUCCUAAUGAACCACUGGAGAAAUUACUUCUGAACAAAAGAUUUCGUCGGUCUUUCAUGGCUUUUGCCGACAGUUGCUUAGCUGGGGAGAACGUGCACUUUUAUGAUGAAGUGCAUGAGCUAGGAAAACUGCCUUUGGACGACCCUGUGAGAAGAAUCUAUAUGGCAAGACAUAUAAUUGACAACUACAUUACACCAGGUGCAACAAUGGAGGUGAACAUUUCUCACCGAUGCCGUCAAGAGAUAUUGACGACUUUCGAUCUGGCUGAUCCCAAUCUCUUUAAUAAUGCACUAAAUGAGCUGAUACAGUUGAUAAAAAUGAAUUUGGCAAAAGAUUUCUGGUCAUCAAUGUUCUUUCUGAAGUUAAAAGAAGAAACGAGUAUGAGAUCGAAUGGGCGAGACCUUGAACAGAUGGCAAGUUGGAACCUCUCUCCUAGAUUGAGUUCUGUACAAGGCGCGGAUGAUCCUUUCCACCAAGAGCAAUUUCCAAAGGGCUCUGGCCAUGAUAGUACUCACGACUCAGACCAUUAAAGUGCCUAAGAUUUGAAUUCUACACAUCCCUUGUUGUAGCUGCCUUUACAUCUCAAGUUUAUUAAUUGAUUCGUAGCUGAAAUUAUUUCCUUCAUUCUGGCUCACUCAGAUGGGUCCAAAGAAAGAGAAAUGGCAAGAAGUUGGGAGGACAAAAAAUUGUUUGUCAUUAAUCUCUCUACGUCAACAAGGCAAGCUCAGAAUUGAAGAAUUGAUAGGGCAGCGAAGGGGGCAGAUAAAUCAUGUGAUUGUUAUCAUCUUUUGAAGAAAUAAAAUAAAAGUUUAUCUUCUUUAUGAGUUAUGGCCUCCAAGAUGUAAAUGGUAAAUGAGGGGAUGAACUGUGAGCAAUUAAUGUCCCCGGAGGAUGCAGAAUUAUCAUCUUGAAUUCGAUAAUCUAGUGGUCCUGCCUAUAAGGAGUAAUGGCAUCGGCGCUUUCAUCUUGCAGGAAAAAAUGGUAACUUUUGAUGAAAUAAAGCACUGAAAAUGGACAGCUGGACAGGCUGAAUCACGAACUAGACCCAUAUAGUUUUUCAAGAACCCUCCAACUUUUAGGUACAAAAUUUAAGACAGAUCAUAAAUUUUCUAAAGUUAUCUUUUAACUUUUUUUCACCACUGUUGUCAUUAAGUCCAUAUAUUAUAUAAUAUAUAGUUCUGUAAGUUUGAUGCA